AUGACAGAUUCGAACCCCGUGCCAGAGGAGAAAACCUCAAUAAAUCAAUCUGAAACCUCUGAAAAGCAACCUGUUCAAACUGAUGAAGCUGCACUUAAUGCAACUGCUACUGCUGUUCCAGCAGAAAAUACAAGUGAACAAACAAAAUCUGAACGAAUAGAACAAAAAAUAGAAACAUCCUCGGAUGUAGAGACAAAAGAAACGGAUCAUGAAUCAAGAGAACCUUCGAGUGAACCACAAUUCAAAGAUGCAGAAAAGCCAGCUGAUGAUGACAAUAACGAAGAAGCUUGCGAUGAUGAUAAUGAUUCCGAAUACGAAGAUGUUGAUGAUGAAGAAGAUGAACGAGAAGGAGAAGUCGAACAGAAGAAAGAAACUUCGCCACCGAAGAAAUCGCCAGUUAAAGAUGACGAUGAAGAACGUAUCAAUAUAAAACCUCGCCGAUUACCGAAAAAACACGCAGAAGAUGAGCAUUCAGAAGAAUGUGAAGAUGAAGACAAACAAAAAGCGUCUUCGAAUACAAAAGGAAAAUCCAAUCGAAAAAAAUCAGAGAAAUCAGCCGAAGAACUCGAUGGAGAUAACGACACACGGAAUCCAGCGUAUAUUCCACGAAAAGGAAGAUUCUAUGAACAUGAUAAUCGGACAGCAAAUGAAUCUGAUCAACCAAAACAAGAGAACAAUAGAAAUCGAAAUCGUGCUUAUAAAGACUUCGAUGAUAGAUGGCAACAUGAUUUAUACCGUGGUGAUGACGAUGACAAGCCCAGUUCUGGCUAUUCGAACUACCAAGGUCAAACAUCACAACGGGGAGGUCGUGGUCGUUUCGGGCGUGGCCGUGGUCGUGGAGGUACUGAUGGUGGUGGAGAUCGAGAUCAAUUACAUAUAAAUGACUACAUACCACCAACGUACCAAGGACGAGGCGGUCGUGGCGGCGGUUUUCGGCAAAAGCAUCAAUACUAUGAUGAGGGAAAAGAUUAUCGUCAACGAUCCGCACAAAACGACAAACCACGUAAUGAUCGUUCAAAUAAUUUUAAUUUCGACGAUUAUAAUCGUCAAACAUCAUCAUCGUAUCGAGGCAGAGGUGGCGGUGGUGGUCGAAAUAAUUUCAACGAAUCUCAAGCACCACCUCGUCGGCAACGAAAAGAAUUCGAACACUAUCAAACUGACGAACAAUCAGCACCACCUCGUCGACAACGAAAAGAAUUCGAACAUUAUCAAAUUGAUGAACAAACAGCGCCACCUCGUUACAAUCAACAGCAAUCAUCUGAUCAGUCGUUCCAUCGUGAAAGAAAUUUUACUAAUAGCCAGUAUCAGAAUCGUGGCGGACCAAGGGAAAAUAUUAGUAAUAAUCGAGACGAUCAAAAACGAACAGACGAGCUGCACAUUUCCACAUAUCAAGAUGAGACUCAAGGCAAAAAUCGAACACAACGACGAGAUAACAACGAACCGCCUCGUCGACAAGGAGAUAAUAGUAAUAAUUAUAAUAAUCGAAAUCAAACAGCAAACCAACAGCAGUAUCAACAGUCAAGACACAAUGAUAAUAAUAGUUCUACGGGCGAUCAAUUCGGUCUCUCAGCUGAUGCACAAAAUUUUGAACGUCCUAAACGAUAUUCAAAUAUGCGUAACAAUGCUCCUAAUUCUGGACCACCAUCACAACAACAACAUCAGCAGCAGCAGCAGCAGCUACAGCCUCAACUGCACCAGCAACAGCCCCAACAUCGUCAGCAACAGCAGCAGCAGCAGCAACCACCACCACAAAUACCAGUGCAAGCGUACCAAGACCAACGCACUAAUUUUUAUGAUCAAAAUCGUUGGCAACCACCAACACAAACGCAGCCCCCGCCAGCAUAUAUGCAGCAGCAACAACAGCAGCAGCAGCAGCCGAUGAUACCAUCACAGAUGUAUCAUCCCCAGCAGCCUAUGCCACCUCAACAAUAUUACGUUCCUACUCAAUAUUCUCAACCUACACAAUUCGUUCCUAUGAACUAUCCGCCAGGCCACAUGCCACAACAAAUGCAAGAAAACAAGUGA